AUGUUUACUCAGAUCCACAUCCCUCAACGUAAUCUUACGUUGAAACAACCAAUUGGUCUCUUCAUUAAUAACGAAUUCGUCAAAUCUGAAAAUGAAGAAAAAAUAGAAACCAUUAAUCCAUCUACAGGUGAAGUGAUCACAUCUUUUUAUAGCGGUUCUUUUGCAGACGUUGAUCGUGCAGUGAAAGCUGCCUCAGAUGCCUAUGAAAAUGUCUGGAAACAUACUUCCCCCGCUGAAAGAAGUCUGCUAUUAAUGAAACUAGCUGAUUUAAUCGAGCGUGAUAAAUGUACGUUAGCUGCUUUAGAGACUUUAGAUUCAGGUAAGCCAUAUCAUUCCAACGCUAUGUUGGAUUUGGAACAAAUCAUUUAUUUAACUAGAUAUUUUGCUGGAGCUACUGAUAAAUUCACUACUGGUGAAACUAUCCCAAUCAGUGAAGAAAAAUUUUGCUACACUUUAAUGGCUCCAUAUGGGGUAGUUGGUCAGAUUGUCCCUUGGAAUUAUCCAUUAGCAAUGGCAAGCUGGAAAAUACAAGGUUGUUUAGCUACAGGUAAUACUAUUGUACUUAAACCUGCCGAGAAUACCUCCUUAUCAGUAUUGUACUUGGCUCAAUUAUUUGUAGAGGCAGGUUUCCCUCCUGGUGUCUUGAAUAUUAUCCCAGGUAACGGUGCUGUAGUUGGUAAUGCUUUGGGUAAGCAUCCAGGUAUUGAAAAAAUCUCAUUUACUGGUAGCACUUCUGUUGGAUUGGGAAUCUUGAAAGCUUCAGCUGAAUCAAAUAUGAAAGACGUUACUUUAGAAUGUGGUGGUAAAUCACCUGCUGUUAUUUUUGAAGAUGCAAAUUUGGAACAAGCUAUUGAAUGGACUGCUAAGGGGAUCUUCUUCAAUUCAGGUCAAAAUUGUACUGCUAACUCGAGGAUUUAUGUUCAUUAUUCUAAUUAUGAUAAGUUUCUGGAAUUAUUUACAAAACAUAUCAAAGAAAAAUGGGGGUUUGGUAAGAAUUUCGACCCAUUUGAUGAAGAUUGUACUAUUGGACCUGUUAUCUCUAAGAAGCAAUUUGAUAAAAUUAGCGAAUUUUUGAAAGGAGAAAUGCCUCAUCCAGAAACACCAUACAAGCUAUCUUACACUUGUAAAGUUCACAAGGUCUUGGAUGAUCCUCCUGAAUCAAAUAAGGGCUUCUUCAUUCCUCCCACAAUAUUUACUAGUGUCCCUUAUGAUUCUCCAUGGAAUACAGAAGAGAUCUUUGGUCCGGCUGUAACAGUUACACCAUUUGAGACAUAUGAUGAAGUCAUCAAAUUGGCAAAUAAUACAAGUUAUGGUUUGGCUUCAGCCAUAUUUACUGAAAAUAUUAGAACUGCUAAUAAAUUCAUCAACGAUAUUCAAGCAGGUACAGUUUGGGUUAAUUCAUCCAAUGAUCCUGAAAUGUCAGUCCCCUUUGGUGGUUAUAAGAUGAGUGGCAUUGGUAGAGAAUUGGGUAAAAGUGGAGUUGAAACAUAUUGUCAAACAAAGGCUGUCCAUAUGAGUUUAGCUCAACCGGGUAGUUAG